AUGAAUAAUAUACCCAGAAAGGGAACCUCAAUCGGGGAGCCGGUCAACUGCAAGGCAAUCGACCGGCUCUCUAUGCCCGAAUGGUACAGUGGUCAGCCACUAUCCAGAGAGAAACUUUCGGAAAUAAUGGAAGGACGAUUCUCGGAAAAAAAGCGGAACGGAUUUACAGCACUUCGCUACUCUGUGGUAGAGUGA